AUGCGUGGUGGUACCAGUAAAGGUGUCUUCUUUAAACUCGAUGAUUUGCCUGAACGUGCACAAAUAGCGGGGCAAUCACGUGAUCAGUUAUUACUCCGUGUGAUUGGUAGUCCAGAUCCGUAUGGAAAACAGAUUGAUGGGAUGGGCGGGGCGACUUCAAGUACCAGUAAAACAGUUAUUUUAGCCAAGAGUUCACAACCAAAUCAUGAUGUUGACUAUCUGUUUGGGCAAGUGUCUAUCGAUAAAGCAUUUGUAGAUUGGAGCGGCAACUGCGGUAAUUUAACAGCUGCUGUCGGUUCAUUUGCAAUCAGUAAUGGUUUGGUUGCAGCUGAUCGGAUUCCAGAAAAUGCAGAAGUUCAAAUUGAAUUUUUAGAUCCUGCCGAUGACGGGGAAGAUGGUGGAGCAAUGUUCCCAACAGGAAAUGUUGUAGACAGCUUAGAGGUUCCUGAAAUUGGUACAUUUCAAGCAACUUUGAUCAAUGCUGGUAUUCCUACAAUUUUCUUAAAUGCCGAAGAGAUUGGAUACAACGGAACUGAAUUACAAGACGAUAUCAACAGUGAUAUAGCUGCAUUAGCGCGUUUUGAAAAAAUCCGUGCUUAUGGUGCGGUAAAAAUGGGUUUAAUCCAAGACAUUAGUGAAGCGGUUAAUCGUCAACAUACUCCGAAAGUGGCAUUUGUAUCGCAACCUAAAAGCUAUACCGCGUCUAGUGGUAAACAGGUGGGUGAAACCGAUACAGAUUUAUUGGUGCGCGCGUUAUCGAUGGGUAAAUUACAUCAUGCCAUGAUGGGAACAGCUGCGGUCGCGAUUGGUACAGCGGCAGCAAUUCCAAAUACCUUGGUGAAUUUGGCUGCUGGAGGUGGUGAACGUGAGGCGGUACGCUUUGGUCAUCCAUCUGGAACACUUCGCGUGGGUGCACAAGCUUUAAAUGAAAAAGGACAAUGGGUUGUUAAGAAAGCCAUCAUGAGUCGUAGUGCGCGUGUAUUGAUGGAGGGCUGGGUUAGAGUGCCAGCAGAUAGUUUUUAA